AACUGUACAAAUCAAUAAUGACAUGAAUGUACUCGAACACCAAUAAGCAACUAUAUGCAUUCUCAUUGCAGUUCAAGAAGAAACGUUUCAUGUGUUCGUACAGCAAAUCCAGUUUACGUGAUUAUACGCGCAGCAUAUUAAAGUCAUAGACACAUAGAUUGUACAGCAGCCCAACAUGGAUGACGACGUAGAGAGAAGAGAGUCUCUGGCUGCCUACAGAGCUGCCCGGAUGCCUCAAUUCGUCGCUGCAAUAUCAGCUUGUAUUGGCGCCGUGGAGGUGGGCGCCAUCUUGGGGUACUCAUCGCCUGCGGGUCUCCAGCUCACCUCAAGAAUGAACUCCACGACGUUCAACGCUACUGAAGGGAUCCACCUCUUCGACGACACGUUCUUCCUCAGGAAGCGGCAGAUGGCGUGGGUGUCGUCCGUCGUGAGUCUGGGGGCGCUAUGGGGAGGACUCAUGGGAGGAACUGCCCUCAACGUCUUCGGCAGGAGAGGGACAAUGCUCUUGUCACUCGUACCGGCCGUUAUUGGAUGGCUUCUGAUUGCUCUAGCAGUGAACUUCCCAAUGCUGCUGGCUGGCCGGAUCGGCACCGGAGUCUUCGUCGGCCUGACGUGUGUGAGCGUCAACACGUACAUCGGGGAGAUAGCUUCGUCCGACAUCAGAGGAACACUGGGCUCAGGCUUCCAGUUGAUGGUGAACGCUGGUUUCCUGGUAGCCUACUCGUUCGGCAUCAUCUUGGACUGGUAUUACUUGGCGUUCCUGUGCAUCUCGAUACCGCUGCUGUUCACGGUAGCCAUGUUCUUCAAUAAAGAGUCGCCGGUCUACCUGCUCAGUAAAGGCAGAGACCAGGAGGCUCUUGAAUCUCUCAAGUUCCUAAGAGGUCCCAACUACCCCGUCCAGUCAGAACUGCGCAACAUGCGCCUCGCCCUCCACGAGCGCAACACCAAGCAGGUUCACUUCACGGAGCUCUUCCUCACGCCCCACCUCGCGCGCCCCUUCAUGGUGUCGGUCACGCUCAUGUUCUUCCAGCAGUUCUCGGGGGCCAACGCCGUGCUAUUCAACUUAUCAACCAUAUUCAAAAGUGCCGGAACAGACAUACCCGAGUCCCUGAGCUCGGUCAUCGUCGGCAUCGUGUUCAUCUUGGGGACGUUCUUAAGCUCCAUCGUCAUCGACAAAAUUGGACGUAAAGUCUUGCUCAGCAUCUCUGCUGGCAUGAUGUGCAUCUCUCAUGUUGGCCUGGGCUACUUCUUCUACCAGUUGGACUACGCAGAAAAAUGGACGUUGGAGACAAUUCCCUGGCUGCCGCUGUUGGCUCUCGUAGUCUUCAUGUUCGGCUUCGCAAUCGGCUUCGCGCCCGUGCCCUGGCUGAUGAUGGGAGAGCUCUUCUCUUCGGAGACCCGAGAGUUAGCCUCCUCGAUGGUGACGGCCGCGAACUGGUUCUUCAGCUUCGUCGUCACCGUCACUUUCGAAUAUAUUCAGAUUGUUAUCUUGGAUUUCGGCGCAUAUUGGAUGUACGCGACCAUUUGCAUGGCGGCGCUCGUGUUCUCUGCGUGCAUCGUGAAGGAGACCAAAGGCAAGGACCUGGAGCAGAUCAUGGAGAUGUUCGGUGGUCCUAAGGUGGUGAUGGUGAUGCCUCAAACUGCUGAGGCACGCACUGCACAACCUCUCUUGUCGUGAAAUAUUAAGACAUUAGAAUGAACUUACACCGCUGAAGGUUAAAAUAAAAUAAGA